GAGAGUGUAUGUGUAACGAAUGCUGUUGCGAUUAAAUAUGAAAUUCUUACUUGUGUUGCUGUCAUUAUAGCACUGAAAUGAUCUGUUAUGUCAGUCUAGAGACUACUAUUGAAAGGCCUGUGUGUAGGUUGUAUGUUAGCUCUCUGGAGACAGUUUCCGAUCAACAGACCAGAUGAGUCUGACAAUGAUUUGACACCAAAGUGUCAUAUCUCAUAGUUGUGCCUUUUGCUCCAGCUGGCAGAAUAUAUACUCAGCUGCUUAAUUUCGUUUCCCUGAUCAGAGUAUCUUGCUGUGUUUGACAUUUCUGCUUGCCCUGCCUGCUCAUUGUUGAGAUUACCAGGCGUGUUUGGCACUUAAUGUAAUUCUAAAUGUAAAUUUGCUGACGGGAUAAUAGUGCGGGUCGUGUAUGUUAAUUGGGCUUUUCCAAGGCGUUGUCUCCAAAUGCAAAGAGGGGAUGAUUUUGCAUGAAAGGUAAAGCCUCUUACUUUAGACAGAGUAGACUUUCAGUUAAAUUCCAGCCCUAGUUUAAAAGUUAUUGACUGCAAAUGCAAGGUACAUAUUGUACUAUGUAAAUGCCAACCCGUGGCUGUGUCAAUGCGGACCUCGGGCAGAGUCUCUCUUUGCGCUCUAUUAAAUCCCUUCUAGGAGUCUAAAGCAGAAGCUAUUAUUUCUUUAUGAUCGAAUUUGCUCAGUAAACUUCGUCGUCUUUAUUAAAUUAUUGUAUAUCCACUUUGUUUUUUAUUCUAGGGACAUUUUAUUUUUUAUGACAACCGAUUCAAUUGGUUCAGGUGCGUCACCUAAUUUCUGAUGCGUAAAAAAGACCGUGUGCGUCUUUUUGGAUAUUAUUUAAAAAAUAAAUUAAAAAUAAAAACCCUCUGUGGUCGUGUGUCUGUGUGUAGGUCAAGCUAGAAGUGGCUUUAACCUUGCUGAAGGACAGCUGUAUUUACUGACGUAUGUAAAUGAAUAUAGGGGAGGUCCUUGGGCAAAAACACGCACACAGGCACACACACUGAAUCAGUUUCACGUUGCAGCUCCGGAGUUCCUGUGUGGAAGGGAAAAACGAGACGUGGCGAAAUCUGGUGAAUAUCUGCUGCCAUACUAUGCUCCGUGUAUAAUUUGCGGGAUUUCUGAAUCAUUCUGGUCUUGGGAAGUGGGGCUUUUCCCUCGUCCUCGUCUUCUUCUCCUUCUUCUUCUUUUCGUCUAAAUGGGUGAUCACGCAUUCGCUUUGCAGCUGGCUGGUCCCUCUAACAUCAUAUCCUUCUCGGAGUUGUCCCAGUUCAUCAGAUUCUACAGAAGCCCGGCAAGCCCGGUGCAUGAGCUCCUGAGUUACAACAACAAUAAUAAUAACUCCUCGUAUCUUUUUCCCCCUGUUGCAGCUCAGCAAACCAUGCAGGAUGAUUUACUGAUGGACAAAAACAAAGCCCAGCCUCACCAUCAGCAAGAUCCGACACAAGCAGACCCUCCUCCCUCCACACCGACCCCGUCAUCGGAGCCCGCUUCUUCUUCAUCCGAGUCGGAGAGUCCGUCGACCGGGAACAACCAAGCGGCUUCAGCGCUGAGCAGCGGCAGCAAGGACAAAGCGCCGAUGGAGUCGCCGAUCCUACCCGGCUUGAGCUUCCACCACCAGCCGCAGGAGACCGGCGGCCCCCUUUCCUCCCCUCCGUCAUCGUUUGGGAGCACUUGGUCCACUGGAACCACAAAUGCCGUGGACGAUAGCUUUUUCCAGGGAAUACCCUCGGUGAACGGGACGAUGCUUUUCCAGAACUUCCCCCACCACGUCAACCCGGUAUUUGGGGGUAAUUUCUCUCCGCAGAUCGGUCUGGCUCCCCAGUCGCAACAGCAUCAGCAGCAAGCCCAGCAGCAGCAGCAGCCCCAGCAGAGGAGAUCCCCCGUCAGCCCCAACCAAGGGCCGUUCCCACAGAGAAACGCUUAUCAGACCAUCAUGAAUAACAGCAAGGGGACCUCGUCGUCGUCUUCUCCUUCGUCGUCCGCUUGGAAUAAUCACCAAAACGCGGCGUGGAGCACAGCCUCGAACCCCUGGAGCGGGCUGCAGCCAGGCAGGGACCCACGCAGAGCGGUGGGUGUCGGGGUAGGGGUCGGGGUUGGAGUUGGUGUCGGAGUGCCGUCACCCCUGAACCCAAUCUCCCCAAUGAAAAAGCCCUAUAGCAGCAAUGUUAUAGCACCCCCAAAAUUCCCACGACCCGGUCCACUCGGCCCCAAACCCUGGAUGGAGGACGGCGCAUUCAGGACUGACAACAGCAACAGCAUACUGCCUUUCCAGGACCGGAAUCGGCCCUUUGAUGCUUUUAGCUUGCACUCUUUGGAGAAUUCCUUAAUGGAUAUGAUAAGGACUGACCAUGACAAAGGUAAACCACACCCUGCCGGUGGCCCACCAAUGACUAUCGCUGAUAUUAUAUGGAGGAAUCAUUUUGCAGGACGUAUGGGCCUCAACUUUCAUCAUCCUGGGGCGGACCACAUAAUGUCAUUGAACACCCGGAGCUAUGGCCGAAGAAGAGGUCGUUCCUGUCUUUUUCCCUAUGAAGAUGGCUUUCUUGACGACGGCCAUGGUGAUCCCUCCUUAACUCCAGGCCUGAACUCGCCAACCCGUGGUCAGAACGGAGAGAGGAUGGAGCGCUACUCCAGGAAGGUCUUUGUUGGAGGCCUCCCUCCUGACAUAGACGAAGAUGAAAUCACCAACAGUUUCCGUCGCUAUGGGCACCUGGUGGUAGACUGGCCCCACAAAGCUGAGAGCAAAUCCUACUUCCCCCCUAAAGGCUAUGCCUUCCUGCUUUUCCAGGAAGAAUCUUCUGUUCAGGCCCUGAUUGAUGCCUGCAUUGAGGAAGAUGGAAAACUCUACCUGUGUGUAUCCAGUCCCACAAUCAAAGACAAACCAGUCCAGAUCCGUCCCUGGAACCUGAGCGACAGUGACUUUGUCAUGGAUGGCUCCCAGCCUCUGGAUCCCCGCAAGACCAUCUUUGUUGGGGGGGUGCCACGGCCCCUGCGUGCAGUGGAGCUGGCUAUGAUCAUGGACAGGCUGUACGGAGGUGUUUGCUAUGCUGGCAUCGACACGGACCCAGAGCUCAAAUACCCAAAGGGAGCCGGCCGCGUGGCCUUCUCCAAUCAGCAGAGCUACAUCGCUGCCAUCAGCGCUCGCUUCGUUCAGCUGCAGCACAAUGACAUCGACAAAAGGGUGGAGGUCAAGCCGUACGUCUUGGACGACCAGAUGUGCGACGAGUGCCAGGGGGCACGCUGUGGGGGCAAGUUCGCCCCCUUCUUCUGUGCCAACGUCACCUGCCUGCAGUACUACUGCGAGUACUGCUGGGCCAGCAUCCACUCACGAGCCGGCCGAGAGUUUCACAAGCCACUGGUGAAGGAAGGGGGCGACCGCCCUCGACACGUGUCCUUCCGCUGGAGCUGAGGGAGUUGGUUGAGUCCAAGAGCCAGCCCUGCCUAACCCCCCGCCCCUCCUCCCCAGUGAACCCACGCCAACCUGCCCCCAAAAAAUCCUCCUGCAGCCCGGGACAGCGCUGGAACCCUCCUCCCCAAAGCCCCAUCCAUCCACCCUGCAUCCCACAAACACCUCAUGAUUAAAAAAAAGGCAGAAGUGAUACCAUCAAACACAUGGGACUUUCUUCACAGCACACAGCUCUGAACUCAUCGUCUAGUGUUCCCCCCGACGAUGAAGCUUUGUGGGGGAAUUGAAAUGCGAAAAUCCAUGAGCUUAGAAUUUGCACUUUGGCACAAAAUCUUACUAAACACACACACACACAAACACACACGCACACAGGAUGGUAUGUUAGGCCCCUGGCUACUUUUAGUUCCCUGUUCUGUUGACUAGGUGGUGCGGUACGUCCUGUUGGACCUCCCUCCCCUUUACUAAGACAGAGGUGGGACCAUGCAAAUAUUUAAAAUAUACAUAUAUAAAUAUAUAUAAAUAUAUAUAUUUUGUUUUGUACCUAUCUAUACAUCUAUAGAUAAUUUAAAUUUUACGUAAAAGGAGCAUGCACUUAUUUUCAAAACCUGUAGUUAUAUUGCCCCUGAUUUAAGAAGAAAAAAGAACUACCAAAGGCAAAUGAAAUUAAUGCAUACUGAGGAGCAAAAUAGGUGACAUAAGAUGUAGCAAGAUUCAACAGCUAUCCAGUAGUGUGGAGUUAACAAGAAAAAAAAUAACACGGCUAUAUUCGCUCUCCAUUUUGACUCUGAAAAUAUUAAUACCUCAUAUGCGCAAUCAGAUCAGUUUGCUUUCUAGGUCUUUAUUUUUGAUAAUAACAUUAUUUUUUAGUGUUAUGUAAAUGUAAUGCUGCAAUAGCUUUGCUGCUAAAUCCAUGGUAUAAACAGAUACCAUAACUUUAUUCAGGCUAGGGUGUAAAAUAACAGCAGAUGUAGAGAGAAGCACCUGGUGGGUUUUUUUACGUUUUCUUUUUUUUUCCUCCUAAAUUAAAUGAGAGCCGUGGCAGGGGGAGGGGGCGCCCCCAGGCAGAGACGGCUAACUUUUGUGUGUGUGUGUGUGUGUGUGUGUGUGUGUGUGU